CGGAGUGCCGCAGAUACGCGGGCUGUGCUCACACACACUCACACGCGCGCGCGCACAUGCACACACUUACACGAACGCAGGAGCGCGCGCACGGACGGACGGAGAAACGAGUGACAGAGGAACAGUCCGAGCGUCAGGAUCCUCGCCACACACUUCUACGCGAGCUCCAUCGGGAUUUACAACUUCUCUUUCUUUCUCGCAUUUUUUCCCUGCUCCGUUUCUGCGUCGUUCGUGACUGCGGUGCCUGCUUUUAAAACUCUCCUGUGCCACUAACCGGAACGGAGGGUGAGCUCGUGCGCAAGUUCAGGCGAUUUUCUUGGAAAUAUGACGCAUUCAAGAAGACGGGAUUUUUAAAGCUUUUUUCUUUCUCCCGAUUUAGAAUGGAUUGAAAUGUCUGAGGUGUAUUUAUUUUUUUAUUUUUCCCUGUUAUAAAGUAAACAACAAGCGCGUUUCAUUCUGUAGCGCGUGAAUUCCACUAUGAGUCUCCAAUGCGUUUAAUUGCAGGACCGUGCGGGCUUCAGAUUACUGCACGCAUUCAUGGUGAAAAAAGAAAGACUGAAAAAGAAUAUAUAUAUGUAUUUGUGGAAAGGAGGAGAGGUCGGUUCUGUUCUCCACUGCAAAUCCACUGUAAUUGAAGCGCGCGAAGAAAACUGGAAGUAAGACUGAAAGGAAAAAACGCUUUAUUGUUCCGGCAAACUGUUGAUGAAAAGAACUUUACAUUAUUUAGCCACCGAAAACGGUGAUUAGAGACAGGGCGCGAUGAGGAAUACCGGCACGACGGACUGCCUCUGCUACUGUUUUCUGCUACUGCAGCUGCUGACUCAGCCCUCGGCUAAGCAAGUGCUGCGCUACCGCCUGGCUGAGGAAGGUCCCGCCGAUGUGCGCGUUGGGAACGUGGCUUCCGACCUCGGCAUCGUUGCCGGCUCCGGGGAUGUGACUUUCACCCUUGAGUCUGGCUCUGAAUACUUCAAGAUUGACAACAUCACCGGCGACCUGAGCACCAACGAGAGGCGCAUUGACCGCGAGAAGCUGCAGCAGUGCCAGAUGAUCUUCGACGAGAAUGAGUGCUUUAUAGACUUCGAGGUGUCCGUGAUAGGGCCCGCGCAGAGCUGGGUAGACCUGUUCGAGGGCAAGGUCAUCAUUCUGGACAUAAACGACAACACGCCGUCUUUCCCGUCGCCUGUGCUCACUUUGUCCGUAGAGGAAAACAGGCCGAUCGGAACGCUUUAUCUGUUGCCCACGGCCACGGACAGGGAUUUCGGCAGAAACGGGAUAGAGAGGUACGAGUUGAUUCAGGAUAGCGGAGAAAGCUCCGUGCGCCGGAUAGGCUCUGGAGGGUCCACUAACGUCGACUCUCAUAUGGGCAAAAGAAGAUUUGACGACUCUGCGAGUCGGAGUAGCGUGUUUGAACUUCAGGUCGCAGAUACUACAGACGGAGAGAAACAGCCGCAGCUGAUUAUUAAAGGCGCACUGGACAGAGAACAGCGCGACUCUUACGAGCUGACUCUGCGCGUCAGGGAUGGCGGCGACCCCCCGCGCUCCUCUCAAGCCAUCCUCAGAGUGAUGAUUACAGAUGUGAAUGACAACAGCCCGCGUUUUGAGAAAAGCGUGUAUGAAGCAGAUCUACCUGAGAACAGCUCCCCAGGCGCCCCCAUUCUCCAGCUUAAGGCAAUGGAUGCUGAUGUUGGGGUUAACGGCCAGAUUGAAUAUGUUUUCGGGGCUGCAACUGAAUCAGUGCGACGACUGCUGCGGUUAGACGAGAGCACAGGCUGGCUUAGUGUAUUACACAGGAUUGAUCGUGAGGAAGUAAGUCAGCUGCGGUUCACGGUCAUGGCCCGUGACCGUGGUCAGCCUCCCAAGACAGACAAGGCAACAAUGGUUAUCAACAUUAAAGAUGAAAACGACAACGUCCCAAAUAUCGACAUAAGAAAAAUUGGACGCAUUUACUUGAGAGAUGGUGUGGCAAAUGUAGCAGAAGACGUAGUGGUAGACACACCUAUAGCAUUAGUGCAAGUGUCUGAUCGCGACAAGGGACCGAAUGGUGUGGUGACAUGCACUGUGGUUGGUGAUGUGCCCUUCCAACUGAAGCCUGCGAGUGAGAUAGAAGGUGACAUGAACAAAAAGAAAUAUUUCCUGCACACAUCAGCUCCACUCGACUAUGAAGCUGUGCAGGAGUACAACGUCGUCAUAGUCGCUGUGGAUUCAGGCAGCCCCAGUCUGUCUGCAAACAACUCGUUAAUAGUGAAAGUCGGAGACAUAAACGACAAUCCACCUAUGUUUAGCAAAAGCACAAUGGAGGUCUCAUUUCCAGAGAACAAUGCUCCUGGUGAACGUGUACUUACUGUUGUGGCCUUGGAUGCAGACAGUGGUAAAAAUGCAGAAAUCGCAUACUCACUGGACUCUUCUGUAAACGGAAUAUUUUCCAUUGAUCCAGACACCGGUGACAUUCGUGUCAACAAAAUACUUGAUAGAGAGCAGACAGAGCGCUAUGAGUUCAAAGUAAUCGCCAAAGACAAAGGUGUGCCUGUUUUACAGGGCUCAGCUACAGUGGUGGUACUGGUGGCAGACAAGAAUGACAAUGAGCCAAAGUUUAUGCAGGAUGUUUUUACUUUCUAUUUAGAGGAGAACCUUCAACCCAACAGCCCUGUAGGCAUGGUAACAGUAAUGGAUGCAGACAAGGGACAUAAUGCUGAGAUGAGUCUCUAUAUUGAGGAAGAGGAAGAAAUUUUCUCCAUCGAGAACAACACAGGAACCAUUUUUUCUACUGUAGCUUUCGACCGUGAACAGAAAACCACCUACACGUUCCGCGUUAAGGCUGUUGAUGGUGGAGAUCCAUCUCGAACAGCCACAGCCACUGUUUCACUUUUUGUCAUGGACAAAAAUGAUAACCCACCAACAGUCACUUUUCCCCCUAACAGCUCAUAUACUCUGUUACCUCCAUCCAGCAAUAUGAAAACAGUAGUCCGGACAGUUAUGGCUACUGAUACUGACACAGGCCUCAAUGCUGAACUCCGCUACAGCAUAGUAGGAGGCAACCCCUUCAAGUUAUUUGAAAUUGACCCUGCAACUGGUGUUAUAUUAUUAGUUAGUAAGCUAGAACAGAAACACUACGGCCUUCACCGCCUUGUAGUGCAGGUUAAUGACAGUGGGGUUCCAUCACAGAGCACCACCACACUAGUGCAUGUCUAUGUCAAUGAAACACUCUCCAACUCCACCAUAGUUGAAUCCAAAAUCGCCAAGAGCCUUGGUACACCGCUUAACGCAGAUAUUGCAGGAGACCCCAACUAUGACUUGGGCAAGCAGCGAUUAAGCAUUGCUAUCGGAGUGGUGUCUGGCAUCAUGACUGUCAUCCUCAUCAUCCUCAUUGUGGUCAUGGCUCGCUACUGCAGGCCCAAGAACAAGAAUGGGUAUGAGGCUGGUAAGAAAGACCAUGAGGACUUCUUCACCCCACAGCAGCAUGACAAGAACAAGAAACCCAAAAAGGACAAGAACAAAAGGAAGUCUAAGCAGCCUCUGUACAGCAGCAUUGUCACAGUCGAGGCAUCAAAACCUAACGGACAGCGCUAUGAUGGCGUCAAUGAGAAACUCUCUGACAGCCCAGGAAUGGGGCGUUAUCGCUCUGUUAAUGGUGGGCCUGGAAGCCCAGACCUUGCCCGCCACUACAAGUCCAGCUCACCUCUACCUACUGUUCAGCUUCAUCCACAGUCACCCACAGCAGGGAAAAAGCACCAGGCUGUUCAGGAUCUGCCUCCAGCCAACACGUUUGUGGGGACCGGAGAUAACAUCUCCAUUGGAUCUGACCACUGCUCUGAUUACAGCAGCCAAACCCUGAACAAAUACAACAAGCAGCCAUUCCGCCGAGUGACGUUCUCGGUGGUGAGCCAGCCCCAGGACCCUCACCAGGGCUCUCUGCAGAGCUGCUACGACAGUGGCCUUGACGAGUCGGAGACGCCCAGCAGCAAGAGCUCCACAGGCCCCGGCUGGGAGCCCUGCCCCUCCCUGAGGAUGCCUAUGAGAGGACUACGCCGGAUGGCAGUGUCGGUGAGGCAGAGCAUAUGGAAAAUGGAGAAAAAGAACAAUAAAAACUCUCGGCCCCUGCCGGAUGUAGCCAUGACGGGGAAGUGUACGCGCGAGUGUGACGAGUACGGCCACUCAGACGCCUGCUGGAUGCCGGUGCGCACUUCACCCGAGCGCAGGCCCAAAGCCACCCCUCCCAAACUCUCCACCUUCAACUCGAGCUCAGCUGGAUGCAGCGGCGCUGAACCGGCCACAAGCUCCGAUCCACUCGCCAACGGAGAGCCCUCGCACCUGCUCGGAGACCGCAACCGCAAUCUCCUCAACAAGAAAAUGGCCUCCUCCUCUUCCUCCUCCUCAGCCUACGACGCUUUCGGCUCAGCCGCCUUCUCUGCUAACAACGAAACGUCUCGGCCCGUCGAAGAGAUUCCUCUGGCACCCACAGGCGAAUAUAAACCCACGCAAUGCGGGACGCUCACCAGGCGUGAGGUUUACCUGUGAAGGUCCCAGUGAACGAGUCACGAUUCAGUACCCGAUCCAACAACGACUCUUCGGCAAUUUCAGAGACGCUCUUUAGCGCCAAAGCCUGGCAUGAAAUGUGUGCUUGUUUGAUAUAAGCAGUGAGUAAAAGACAUGAAAGCAUGGAUAACAGUUUUGUAGGCAUGGAGGAGAUAGAGGAGGAGGAGGAGAGAAAGACAGAGGUGGAGAGAGAGGGAUGCUGGUGGAUGAGUCCUGUGUCACUUUGCUGCUAGCAUUCCGGGCCCUCUGACUUUUUCCCAAAGUGCUGCCUGGUUGUGUAGAAUUCAUCAUAAGCAUGCAUGCAAAAUCUAGCCCUUAAUGACUUGGACUAUACUUCUUAGGACUUUUUUCUUUUUUUUCUCAUUCCAAUUUUUCUAAUUAUUCCUAAAUAGAUGGCAGGAAGCAAAACUGUUGCUGUUUUAUUUUUUAUUUGAUCUUUAUUUCAUGAUUUCAUGUUAAUGUUCCUGAAGGAGAUUGGAAAUGAAGAUUUUUUUUAUUAUUAAUAUUAUUUUUUUUAUUAUUCUAUACUUAUGCAAUCUGUCCAAGCAUUGGACUAGUUACACUGGACAACCCUGACAUUCAAAGAGACACCAAAAACAACAAAACUGGCCAAUCCAGGAAAAGACCUGAUGCAUAACUUAAUCAGUAAUGGCAAUGGCAAAGCAAAACCUUUCAGAAAACACCUGGAGCACGUCUUUAUGUACUAGUAACAUUUCCAGUGACUGUAACCUUUACAAUGGAUCUGUAGAUAUCUUAACGGUGGCAUACAAGCUGUAAAUGGUGAACUUACACUGCAAGAAGCGAGUUUACCUGUGUGCCUAUCUGCUUUUCAAACACUCACACAGAAACACACACACACACACACACACACACACACACACUCACAGGCUCUCAUGUGGGUGACAAGUUGUACAUAAAUACGUAAAACAUAUUUGGGACACUUGCUUUAUGCCUAAGCUGUCGACUCACCAAACGCUCCGCCCCUGUCUUUUUCUCUGUACACUGCUGCAUUGUGGGAGUUGUUGAUAUUUCUUGGGUCGCCUGUUAGUGCUGUAAUUCCAUGAGCAUUGGCAACUCUAGGAGUUCUUGACACAAUCUAUGCCGUUUUUGUUUUUUUUUUGUUGUUGUUGUUGUUGUUGUUGUCUAUGACUUGAAAGCGAAGCCCUUAGUGACGUAUGGCACACAAUGAGUUACACAUGCACACAAGUACACACAGCACCUUACACACACAUACAGGACCUAACCGGCUAUAAGGUCUCUUGUUAGCUAAACGACUGACUAGUAGGAUAAUGAUUAAGAGUAAGAUGACUUGGUCCCUCUGACCACACGCUUGGGCUGGUCCUGUGUUACAUUCUCAAAGUAUGAGUGUUAAAUUGAGCAAUAAACCCAAGGGACGUAGUAGUAUUCAUUCACAAUCAUACCUACCUAAAGUACAGAAGUCAUGCCUGCAACGUGUCUGUGUCACCUAAUGGCAACGAAUCAGUGAAUACUGAUACACAAACACACUGAGGGCAUGAGGAUCCACCAGCGAAAUAGAUUUGUACAAUCAAAACAGGUCUCUUUACGAUGUCAUUGGGCUAAAGGAGCACUUGUGGCCAUGCAAAACAAAACGAAACAAAAAAAUAAUAGAAAACCAAAGUCCUAGGACGAACCUGAACAGGUAUUUUGGUGUAAAGAAGAGACAAAAUGAAAAUCUGUUUUGUUGUGUUGGUUUAAGUACCUGCACCUUUAACUGUAGAGACUGGGGCUAGAGUAACAGCCGUUAGAUGAUGUCCUUUGAAAAACACACACACACAUACACAUUUCCAAUACACACAAGUUCUCAUGGUAAGGUCCUGUGCUCCAAUAAUCCAUCCCGAGUUUGUGGUUGAGUGUACACUUCUAAGGCUCAAAUCCUGCCUUUAAAACUGGGUGACAAUAAUCAGAUGCAACGGAAUGACUCUUUUGUAUGAUGGAGAACAUUGAGUCUGAACGGACUGCACUUUUUUUUCCUCGCAGCCUGAAUCUAUAGUCUGUGUGUGUUCUACUUGUCGUUAAAAGAAGUGCUCUGAUGCUUAUCCACUGUAUACAGAAAUAUGUACUUUUUAUUGCACGUUUAAAGGGAUUCUACUUCACGUACUAUGAAGGCAAAAAAAAACAAACAAAAAAAAUGGAAAUGGAUAAAAAAAAACUCUUACCGUGUGAUCUCGGAGGUCCAUUGCUUGCUUUUGUUAUAAAUGAACAUUAUAAACAGACAUGUAGUAUGGCUUAGAUUAUCAUUUUGACAAGGAUGAAAAAUGAAAUAUGUAUACUACGACGAUUCAUCAGGUUUAUUUAGCGUCACACAUUUCACAAAUCAACUUUUCAUGUUUUCAUUCUUCUGACCAAAUGUCAUUUUUUUAUAUAUAUAUAUAUAUAUACAGUAUAUAUAUGUCACUUUCUCACACACUCUCAUGGAUAUCACAGAAAGAUUACUUCUCAUAUCACACAUUUAUAACAUAAUCUCACACCGUAUUCAGCUGGCAUGAAGUUUUUGUCUUUUUUUUUUUAACUCGGUAAAGACACCCUGUGUUGAGCUUUGAGCUUCAUCCAUAUUUUCAUAUUCCAUUUUUUUUCUUUAUCCUUUCCAGUGUCACUUUGUAUAUUUAGAAUGCUUCUGUAAAAAAAAAAAAAAAAAAAAAAAAAAAAAAAAUUCAAAACAA